AUGGAUCAAGUAAUGUGCCCAGUUUAAGAACAUUAAAAUAGGAUUGAAAGAUUUUGUUAUUUCAAAAAUUGUAUAGAAGGUAAAAGGGUCAUGUGUGAAGAGUGUUAUAAUGAACACAGACAUCAUAAUCAUAAAGAUUAGGGAAAAAUAGACAAGAUAUUCGAAUUCAUAAAAAAUUAAUAAAAAUAAUGUUAAGAAGAAAUUAUUAUGAAGCUUGAAUAAUUGUAUGGAUAGCUUUAAUCUAAUUUUGAUAAACUCAUAAAAGGAUUGCUUGAGAAAUAUUUAUUAUCAGAAUAACAAAUUUAGGAUUUUGAUGGAAAUCAAAUACAUGAAUAUUUAUGCUAGUUGAUAGCAAUAAGAGAUUUAUCAAUGCAUGUAGAUGAAAUUAAAAUAAAUCUCGAAAAUUUAAAUAAGAAUAUAGAGGAUUUUAAAAUUGAAUUCAAUAUCUCAAGUAGUCAGAAAGAUGAAAAUAAAUCGGAUUAUUACUUUGAACAAGGUAUUUUCAAACAAUCAUGAAAUUAGGUUAUUAAUUAUAUCUGGAGGAUAAAUUUGAAUCAGCAAUAGAAGCCUUAGAUUAAUCUCUUUAACAUAAUGAAAAGAAUAUUGAUUCUUUGUGGUGUAAAUGUAACUUUCACUCAUUUAUUUUUAGCUAGUUGUUUAAGUUUAUUGGGGAGGUAAAGUGAGGCAAUCAGAUGGAUUGAUUAAGCCUUAAAUAUUGAUGAUAAGCAUUUGGAUUCAUUAUGUCGAAAGUGUAUGUAAAAUUAAUAUAAAAAUAGCUGAAUGUUUAAAUUAAUUAGGAAAAUACGAGGAAGCUCUAAAAAUUAUAGAAAAAGCAGUUGCUAUUGAUCCUAAACAUAUUGAUUCAUUGUCCAUAAAAGGUAAAUUUACUCGUAAUUGACAGCUGAAUGUCUAAGUUUAUUAGGAAAACAAUUAGAAGCUCUAAAAGUAUUAGACUCCUUUUAAAAGGUAAAUCAAGAAAAUAUCGAUUUGUUUUGGAGAAAAGGUAAAUUUAUUUCAAAUUUAUCAGCUGAAUGUUUAAGUCUUUUAGGUAAGCAUAAAGAUGCCAUAAAUUUGGUUGAUGAGAUUUUGUAAAUUAACCCUGAACAUAUAAAUUCAAUUUGGAGAAAAGGUUUAAUUAAUAAAUGAUUUUUAGCUUAGUGUUUAAGCUUUUAUGGAUAGUAAUAGGAAGCUAUUAAAUGGAUAAAAUAAGGAUUGGAGAUUGACUCUUAAAAUUAAAAUCUUUUAAAAAUUGGAGGUAUGAUUAUAAUUUCAUAGAUAGCAAAAUGCUUGAGUUUAUUGGGCAAAUAAUAGGAAGCACUUGAAAUGAUUAAAGGAAUCAACUCUUAUGAUUUACAAACAUUAAUAAUAAAAUGUCAGAUUAAAUUUCAAUAUUAAUAGCUGAAUGCUUACUUAAUUUAGGAAAUUAUUAAGAAAGCUUAAGAGUUCUAGAUUAAGCCUUGAUUCAUAAUCCAAAUAAUUUUGAUUUGAUAUUUAAAAAAGGUAAAAAAUGUGCUAUUUCAUAAGCUGAAAUAUUAAUGAAUAAAAAAGAAUACUUCCAAGCUUUAUUGCAAAUAGAUAAAAUUACAGAAAAUAUAUAAAAAAUAGUAGAUCUAUUGUCUAUGAAGGGUAUAAAAAAAAAUAUUUUUUAAAUUAGGUGAAUGCUUAUUUAUGACUGAUAUGGAAUCUUAAGCAAUUUAAUAUUUAGAUUAAGCUUUAAAUUUAAAUCCAAAGCAUGUAAAAUCAUUAUUAACAAAAGGUAUUUCUGGUAUGUAAAUUUAGGAAAUUAUUUAUUUUUCACAAAAAACUACUAAUAAGCACUUUAAUAAUUUGAGCAAGUAUUGAACUCAACUCCAAGUCAUUUUGAAGCUCAAGAUAAAAAACUACAAUGUUUAAAGCAUUUAAAGAAAAAAUGA